AUGGAGUUGAGUUCAGUGAUUUUAACCACCGGGAGCUCCUUCGGGUUUUUCCGACUUGUCAACGCGGGGGUCGGUAAACUCCCCAUGCCAGAGUCCGCCUGUAGGAAUGCGUGGAAAUGGAGAAACAUCGCCACAUCCUUCGUGCACAGCUUUAUCACUGCGAUAUGGGCAGUGCUCUGCUUUUUCCGUCACCCGCAGAUGGCUGAAGAUUUGAUAGAAACUCACUCAGUGUUUUCUCACGCUUUGGUGUCGUUUUCCAUCGGUUACUUCAUGUAUGACUUCUUUGACAUGGUGGUGAACCAGAAGCUGAGUCAGUCAUGGGAGCUUCUCUUUCAUCACUUGGUGGUGAUCACCUGUUUCGGCCUGUCUGUGCUGUCUUGCCGCUACGUGGGCUUCGCCGUGGUGGCCCUCAUGGUGGAGAUUAACUCCGUGUUCCUCCAUCUCAGGCAAAUGCUGCGUAUGGCCAACAUUGCCAAAGGCACGCUGUACCGGGUCAACAGCAUUAUCAACCUCGGCACAUACGUGGUGUUCCGCAUCAACACGCUGGCCUGGAUGACCCGCUGGCUGGUGCUCAACAGGGACAACGUGCCCCUCCUGGCCUACACACUGGGCAGCGUGGGUUUGGCCAUCAUGACGGCCAUGAACAUCGUCCUGUUUUAUCGGCUACUCAGGAGCGACUUUUUGAAGAGCAGCAAGACCAAGAAAGAGAAAGAGAUGUAGAGAGGAGAGGAGGAAGGGACCCGAGGGAUUGGAUUCACAAGCACACUCGUUACUGUACGUUUACACCCUGUGGCUGAGAUUUGGUACCGUUUUGCUUGUGUGUGGUCAUACUGUACAGGUAUACGUGCAUACAAGGUGUAAUCAAAUGGCCUCACUUCAAACACAGAUUACUCACAGCCGUUAUGCUAAAAGCUACCUUUAGUUGUAGUUUUACCUUCAGGCUGUGUUCCAGUCAUUCCUAAGUGCCAUUAGUGCCUCACUAAUGGCAGAUGAAGGAUUUUUCAUCCGAACAAUUUAACGCCUUUUUCCCCCACAGGGUGUUUCACCUAAAUCUGUUGUGAAAUGUAGCCUAUGUCAAGUGAAGACGCACCUGCCAACGCUCAUGUAUAUUUACAUCGAAAACAUAGGAAUCAAGUACAAAAUAUCUUUAGUUAUAUCACAAGAAUAACCUUUCUGUUUAUACAUUUUAUAUACAUAUUAUACUGUUGUGGGUUAUAUAAAAUAAUGUUUAUUUACCACUGAGUAAAAAUAUCUGUGGAAUCCAAACCCUCUUGUUGUUUAACACGAGCAUUGCAGAGGUGAAUAUAUCUUCUUUUUUUUUCUUUCCACCAAAUCUCCUCAACUAAAAACCGCCUGCUACCUCAGAAAGCUCGUAACAGUUCUUUGCCUCUUUCUAACACAAGCUUUGCUGUCAGUGUUGGGCAGGUUCUUUGUUAUUAAGGAAGGAACACGUACAGAAAAUAAAUAUAUUUACACAAUAAAUUUGUCUGUAGAGGAAGGAUAUCUAGAAAAUACCAAUCCUGACUGAGGGAGAGAAUAGGGGUAAGAUGGUAAUGAAUAAAUACUUUAAAGUGGUAUUUAAAUAAAACUGAUCCAAUUACUUUUGAUGAAACAGUCCUAGCAGGCCUUACAUUCAUUAAGAUUAUAACCCUAACCCACAACUCGGUUGGCUGCUGUACACUUGAAACCUGCAAAAUGACAAGAAAAAAAGCAAAAACGACAGUAGAUGGCAAUGUUUUCAUGGUUUUUAUGUGUUCCUUAAGUGGUCUAUUAUGGUGUAUAGUCUGCGGUAGGAGCUCUCAGACAGGCAGGAGUUGUUGGCCUUCGGAGGACAGCACACUCCUCAACAUUACCUCAGUGAUCACAACAACACACAAGAACACCAGAGAUGUCUUUAUUUUGUUACGUCUUUGUCCAUCUUUGUGCCUCUCGCCUUCAAUGUGAAGUCGGCAGUAAGCACAGACGGAUGCAGAGAAACUCCUGAGGUCAGUGUUGGUCUGAGAUCUGUGAAUACUGCAAACACACAUUUAUACACACGGCUGCUACGAGGCUGCCUACCCCCCACAUCAUACUGUCAUUAUAUGAUAUGGAAAUUUUUGAUGCCAUUUAUGUUUUAUGUUGUUGCUUUUUUGUGUGUGUGUGUAUAUUCAUUGUUUGCGGGGUUAAAUUGUGUACAUUUGUAAUUUAUUUGUGCUAAAACGAAGUUGUGGAUUAAAGAUAAAAUGAACAUGAUGUUCAAUGACUUUCCCUGUUGUGAAAACAGUUGAUUAUAGUUGAUUUAAUUGUGUAAGUCAAGUUGUUGUGUGGCAUUUGUUUCUUUGUUUCCCCAGCUUAUAUUUUCAUAACCCAGUGUCUACAAGCUCAUAGUCAGUGUUCAGUGUUCAAGCCCUAAAACCAGGCUGUCCAGCCAAAUUACAAACACAGCCACAUAUUCAGUGAACAUCCUGUGGAGUUGGAAGGAAACUUCAGAUGCAAUCAGUAAAUUUAGAAUCUGCUGUUAGCACUUAAAUGCAGCUCAGUGACACAGACAGUCCACAUCUCUUUGUCCAUAUUAAAAUCAAGACAUCACUGCACUAAAGAAACUGCACUGUUUGAAGGCAGUAAAGUUUGAAUUAUUGUUGUUGUGGCCUGUUUAAGAAUUUUUAUUGUGAAUGUAUAUUUGCAUUUUUCCCCCCAAUUUUUUAGGGCAGCUUAACUUCGUGGUUAUAGUGUUGACAACUAGUGACACUUGAGCUUCUUUCUAACAAGCAAGUUUAUAUUUGUGAACGUGUUGUCCGAAGCUGUACUGUUAUUGGAAAUAUACACGUAUGAGAUCAGAUUUGUUCAUUAUGUUGCUCUGUGCUUUUAGGAAUUGUGAUAUAACGUAGCAGCCGUCAUAAUCAGUGUCAUGCCAAGAACAAGCUACUGUACUGCACUCCUGUUCCUCAGAGAGGGGCAGCAGUCGUGAGCUCGUAUGGUCACGCUGCCUUAUAUUCCUCGUCAUACACAAUAAAUGUGGUGGUUGACUGCA